UGUGUGUCCAUGAGGAGUGACCACUCUAAGGGUCACCCUAUUGAGUUCAAAGACAGCCACCUCACUGUGGAUGAUGGAGUCCAGCAGCAGAGCUCAGAGGUUCCCAGUGCUCAGUCUGACCAGCAGCAUCAAACAGACCUGGCCUCCAUAUUUAUGCUGCUGGAGGAGAACAUCAACACCUUUGUGAAGAAGGAGCUGAAAAACCUGCAGAGGUCUCUGAAUUCAGAUUACCCAGAAUGCUCAGAGAGGCAGAGGGAGGAUGAGGAGGUGUUGGACGGUGAGGAGGAAGAGCAGAGGAAGAAAAGCAGAGAGUUUUUUCUGCAGAUCACACUGCACCUCCUGAGGAGGAUGAAGCAGGAGGAGCUGGCUGAGCGUCUGUGGAGCAAAACUGCUGCUGCAGUGUGCCAACGCGAACUCAAAUCUGCCCUGAAGAAGAAGUGUGAGUGUGUGUUUGAGGGGAUUGCUAAAGCAGGAAACCCAACACUUCUGAAUCAGAUCUACACAGAGCUGUACAUCACAGAGGGAGGGAGUGGAGAGCUCAGUGAGGAACAUGAGGUCAGAUGGAUUGAAACAGCAUCCAGGAAACCAGCCAGACCAGAAACACCAAUAAUAUGUGAGGACAUCUUUAAAGCUUUACCUGGAAGAGAUCGACCAAUCAGAACAGUGAUGACAAAGGGAGUGGCUGGCAUUGGGAAAACAGUCUUAACACAGAAGUUCACUCUGGACUGGGCUGAACACAAAGCCAACCAGCAUGUUCACUUCACAUUUCCAUUCACUUUCAGAGAGCUGAAUCUGCUGAGAGGGAAGAAGUUGAGCUUGGUGGAACUUCUUCAUCACUUCUUCACUGAGACCAAAGAAGCAGGAAUCAGCAGGUUUGAGCAGUUCCAGGUUGUGUUGAUCUUUGACGGUCUGGAUGAGUGUCGACUUCCUCUGGACUUCAACAACAACCAGAUCCUGACUGAUGUUACAGAGUCCACCUCAGUGGACGUUCUGCUGACAAACCUCAUCAAGGGGAAACUGCUUCCCUCUGCUCGCCUCUGGAUAACCACACGACCCGCAGCGGCCAAUCAGAUCCCUGCUGAGUGUGUUGACAUGGUGACGGAGGUGAGAGGCUUCACUGACCCACAGAAGGAGGAAUACUUCAGGAAGAGAUUCAGAGAUAAGGAGCAGGCCAGCAGAAUCAUCUCCCACAUCAAGACGUCACGAAGCCUCCACAUCAUGUGCCACAUCCCAGUCUUCUGCUGGAUCACUGCUACAGUUCUGGAGGAUGUGUUGAAAACCAGUGAGGGAGGAGACCUGCCCAAGACCCUGACUGAGAUGUACAUCCACUUCCUGGUGGUUCAGUUUAAAGUGCAGAACGUCAAAUAUCAUGAGAAACAUGAGACCGAUCCAGUCUGGACGGCAGAGACCAGAGAGAUGAUCCUGUCUCUGGGAAAACUGGCUUUUGAGCAGCUAGAGAAAGGCAACCUGAUCUUCUAUGAAGCAGACCUGGCAGAGUGUGGCAUUGAUAUAAGAGCAGCCUCAGUGUACUCAGGAGUGUUCACACAGAUCUUUAAAGAGGAGCGUGGGCUGUACCAGGACAAGGUUUUCUGCUUCGUUCAUCUGAGCCUUCAGGAGUUUCUGGCUGCUGUUCAUGUCUUUGUGACAUUCAUCAACUCUGGAGUCAAUCUGCUGUCAGAAGAACAAUCAACCUCCCAAGUAACACUCCUCCAGAGUGCUGUGGACAAAGCCUUACAGAGUCCAAAUGGACACCUGGACUUGUUCCUGCGCUUCCUCCUGGGUCUUUCACUGCCGACUAAUCAGACUCUCCUACGAGGCCUGAUGACACAGACAGGAAGUAGCUCACAGACCAACCAGGAAACAGUCAAGUUCAUCAAGGAGAAGAUCAAGGAGAAUGAGUCUCCAGAGAGAAGCAUCAACCUGUUCCACUGUCUGAAUGAGCUGAAUGACCAUUCUCUAGUGGAGGAGAUCCAACAGUACCUGAGAUCAGGAAGUCUCUUCAGAGAAAAACUGUCCCCUGCUCAGUGGUCAGCUCUGGUCUUCAUCUUACUGUCAUCAGAAGAAGAUCUGGAUGUGUUUGACCUGAAGAAAUACUCUGCUUCAGAGGAGGCUCUUCUGAGGCUGCUGCCAGUGGUCAAAGCCUCCAAGAAAUCUGUGCUGAGUGGCUGUAAUCUGUCAGAGAGAGGCUGUGCAGCUCUGGCCUCAGUUCUCAGCUCCCAGUCCUCUAGUCUGAGAGAGCUGGACCUGAGUAACAAUGAUCUGCAGGAUUCAGGAGUGAAGCGUCUCUCUGCUGGACUGGAGAGUCCACACUGCAGACUGGAGGCUCUCAGGCUGAGUGGCUGUAAUCUGUCAGAGAGAGGCUGUGCAGCUCUGGCCUCAGUUCUCAGCUCCCAGUCCUCUAGUCUGAGAGAGCUGGACCUGAGUAACAACGAUCUGCAGGAUUCAGGAGUGAAGCAUCUCUCUGCUGGACUGGAGAGUCCACACUGCAGACUGGAGGCUCUCAGGCUGUCAGGCUGUCUGCUCACACAGGAAGGCUGUGCUUCUCUGGCCUCAGCUCUGAGCUCCAACCCCUCCCAUCUGAGAGAGCUGGACCUGAGCUACAAUCAUCCAGGAGACUCAGGAGUGAAGCUGCUCUCUGCUGGACUGGAGGAUCCAACCUGGAGACUGGAGGCUCUCAGGGUGGACCAUGGUGGAGAGCAGUGGCUGAAACCAGGACUGAGGAAGUAUUCCUGUGAACUCAAACUGGACACAAACACAGCAAACAGACACCUCGUACUGUCUGAGGACAACAGGAAGGUGACAUGGGGGAGAGAGGAGCAGCCAUAUCCUGAUCACCCAGAGAGGUUUGACUACUGGAAACAGAUCCUGUGUAGUGAUGGUCUGACUGGUCGCUGCUACUGGGAGGUCGAGUGGAAAGGAGGGGUUGAUAUAGGAGUGACUUACAGAGGAAUCAGCAGGAGAGGAGGCAGAGAAGACAGUGUGCUUGGAUGGAACAAAAACUCCUGGAGUCUGAUCUGCUAUGGUUCUGGUGGUUUCUCUGCCUGGCACAACAACAUCAGAACAUCCAUCCCUGCCCCCUCCUCCUCUAACAGAGUAGCAGUGUAUCUGGACUGGCCUGCUGGCUCUCUGUCCUUCUACAGCGUCUCCUCUGACUCACUGAUCCACCUCCACACCUUCAGCAGCACCUUCACUCAGCCUCUGUACCCGGGCUUUAGGUUUAGGUCACAUGACUCCUCAGUGUCUCUGUGUCAGAUCUGGGGACGUGUACGGGACCCCAUUGUUUACAGUAGGGAUCAGCUGUUGGCCCUCCGUGGCACCGCGGUGCUGCCCCACGAGAGGCCCGACGUUCCCCGGGAGUUGAAGAGGAGGAGACGGGGGAGCCAUGCCGGAGCUGCUCGCCGUGCUAGAAGGAGGAGAUACAGACCCGUCCUCCCGUCCAUCAUCAUGGGGAAUGUAAGAUCUCUUCCCAAUAAGAUGGACGAGUUAGCGGCGCUGACUCGGCACCAGAGGGACUACCGGGAGUGCAGCAUCAUGAUGUUUACGGAAACAUGGCUGACUGAGCUGACCCCAGACACGGCCGCGGACCUGGACGGAUUCAAACUGGUGCGGGCGGACAGGACGAGGGAGAGCGGUAAGAGGAAAGGAGGAGGGCUGGCGGUGUUUGUGAACGACAGAUGGUGUAACUCUGGGCACAUCACUAUUAAAGAACAGCUCUGCUGCAGGGACAUUGAACUGCUGCAGACAGAGCACCCACAGGCCCUCCUCCUUAUCUCUGGGGACUUUAAUCAUGCCUCUCCAUCCUCCACUCUGCCCACUUUCACCCAGCAACCAGCUGUGUCCCGCACAGUGAAGAGAUGGUCCGACGAGGCUGAGGAGGCUCUGAAGGACUGUUUCGACACAACUAAAACCUCAUGUUAUGUGUUUAACAUAUCCAGUUAUCUCUGA